UAAGCUUUUUCGUGUCUAUCAAAAUUCGAUUGUCUGUCAGGAGUGUUUUCUGUGUUUAAUGUUACUGUGAGCAAAAUAGUCUAUUUCCCAUGUCUAUCGGGAUAAAUUUACGUGUAACGGGGCACACCUCUAUCGGUGGUCGAAAAUAUCAAGAGGAUUUCUUCUCCGUCGCCUACCAACAGACGGAGAAUGAUCAAAGUUUGGAGUACGCCUUUUUCGGGAUCUAUGAUGGCCAUGGCGGUGCAGAAGCGUCACUCUACGCAAGGGAGCAUCUGAUGAAAACCAUCGUGAGCCAAAAGCUGUUCUGGUCCGAAAACGACGAAGAUGUGCUAAAAGCGAUCCGGGAUGGGUACAUUCAGACCCACUAUUCUAUGUGGCGCGAGCAAGACAAAUGGCCGAAAACCUCAUCCGGUUUACCUAGUACAGCUGGUACUACGGCAAGUAUCGCGUUCAUCCGGAGAGGUAAAAUAUACAUAGGACAUGUCGGGGACUCCGGAAUCGUUCUUGGCUACCAGAAAGACAAGGAAGCUCAUACAGGAGAGUCUUGUACGUGGAAUGCGAUGCCCUUGACGGAAGAUCACAAACCGGAAGCGUACGCAGAAAAGAUGCGUAUCAUGAGCUGCGGUGGAAAAGUAGUCACCAAGUCUGGGGUUCCGCGCGUUGUUUGGAAUCGACCGCGAAUCGGACACAAGGGCCCAGUGCGUAGAAGCACUCCUAUUGACGAAAUUCCGUUCCUCGCAGUGGCACGGAGUUUGGGGGAUUUGUGGAGCUACAAUUCGGCCGUAGAUGAGUUUAUUGUCAGUCCGAAUCCGGAUGUAUCCGUCGUUGAGAUAGAUCCUAAGAGAUACAGAUGUUUGAUCUUCGGAACGGAUGGUCUGUGGAAUGUCCUAUCACCUAAGCACGCUGUAGAAAUUGUACAUGCCGCAGAAAUGGAAAACAUCCGCAUAGCACUGGAAGGUGGAUGUGAUUGGAAAAAUCCCAGCAAAUUACUGGUGAACGAAGCACUAGAACGGUGGAGCAAAAGCAAUAUGAAAGCAGACAAUACAUCGGUGGUCAUUAUAAUGUUAGAUCCACCAGGUCCUCCUAAACGAGACGUACUGCGAUCUAUGAGAACAUCGAUACAGCCCAUUGAUCAUAAGAUAACGAACACCCAAACGUUGGAUAAAUUGAACGUCACAUUGUAUGAUCAUACAACGAGAGAGUUGGUUGAUCUUUCUCAAGUUACCUGUCAGGAUGCGUCUCAAGUCGUGCAAGCCAAUGUACAACAUCAGCAGCAUUAUCUGGAUUCAACGCCGUCUGCGUCCUAUCAAGACAUGGCUUAUACUGACAGCUUCGCUGAAUCUUACAAUACCUUUCUGAACAGCAGUCUCAGUAAUGAUCAUUCGUAUACGAACUAUACGCCUAGCGCACAACAUUAUAGUGUUCAUCAUCAGCAUCACCAUCAACACCAUCACCUGCAGCACCAGUCACAACAGCAUAACGUUCUACACGAAGAAAACCUACAGUACCCGGCUGAAGGACAAGAACGUAAUCAACAAGAUUCAGCCGAAGAAACGUACUUGCUAACGAAUCUGCAAACCAAAUCAGAACGGCUGCAAUCGGAAAUGAUGGAAGCAUCUACCUCAACGGCGUCCACCUCAGCGGUUGGAUACUUGCACAUGGAGUGUACAGGAAAUGUGGCAAUAAUCGAGAACUUUCACGAUUAUCAAUCACCGCACCUGCCUUCUCACACCGCCGGUCAUCAAACACCGUUUAGCUCCCAAUAUCCUCACCAUUCUUUCCAGCAACAUCAGCACCACCACCACCACGAACAUGCGACUUAUCAAAUGGAACGGUAUGAUUACCAUCACUCACAUCCCCACGAACCAGCAGGUUGUAGUUACGGUAGCCAGCAAUAUACGGCACAUGAUCUGUCGGAAAAUAACUAUCCCAAAGACUCUGAGGAAUAUUUGUAUCCUGAAGAGGAACUGGACAGCAAUCGUCAAGAUUCAGAUACCAUACAGGAAACUCUUGGGGUAGUAGAGUUAACAAUUAAUAAUAAUGAAAACGAUACCGAAGAGACCGUACCCGAAUCGAUUGAUGAACGGCCGUCUGUGAUAAACGCAUCAAAGGGGGACAGUAAAUCCGAUGUUGAGGACAUUCAAAUCAACGAAAUAUCGUCAUCUAACUUGAGCGCGCUCUCCCCAGCGCAGGAUACUUCCCUUCAGUCGGAUAGUGAUAGCUGUUUAAGUGGUGACGAAGCAAAAGCAUCUUCGUCUACCUCAAGAUCGCCAUCGAACACGAUGGACAAAAGAAGUUCUGCUCGUGUUGGAAAAGCAAAGAAGGUACGGAAAACCAUCAAGAAUAUUGUAAAGAUUGUUUACGAGACACGAAGCAGCCAAAGACCGCAUCGAACGAGAGCUCAACAGGAAAACCUUUCUACCGCAGCAGCAAGCAGAAACAUGCGUAGCAAAUUUGGCAAUUUUUUGCCAAAACAAUCAAAGGUGAAAAAAUUCCUUAGUUUCAAAAAGGUGAAGAAAUCGAUCCGGUGUAGUUUAGCUGAUGCCAACAGCGGAACAGUUAGCAACAAUAAUAACAAUAUCAACAAUAAAAACAUCGAUGUGAAGAGUAAAGCAGAAAGUGAUGUAGGAAAACCCGAAGAAAGGCGAGUUUUGCGGUCGGCAGAUCAAAUGAAAGCUGGCAAACCUUCCCAAAGGUUCUCUCGGCGAGCAGUGGAAUCUAUUACUUUGAUAAGUUCCACUAGCCAACCGAGCGUUCCGAAGCGAUCCGUUACACUGGUCACGGAACGAAAACUACCGAAACGUAAGAUGCUACUGCGAAAGGUAGCUCUGGAUGCAAAACGGGUAAAGCGUCACUAGUAGAUUCAGACACAGCAUUGACCCAAAGAACGCCGACGAUGAAGCCGAGACGUAGAGGCUGUGAAGUGUAACUAUCAUGUAAUAUUUUUCACCCGGCAUCUCUGUGUGGGUGUACCAGAAGUUCCUAACCUUGAGCUCGUCGUGAUUCCUUCCCCUGAUACUGACAGGGAACUGUAAAAUUGACUUUUAGUUAGGGGAAAUAAGGAAGACCGUCCUCUAUCCACGAAAUGUUUAACAGGAUAGUGCCUCAGGUUUAAAAUGUUUUGGUUCGAAAGCUUCAAAGCCACCAUUCUUGGAUACAUCUUCUGACAACUUACAUAAAAGUUUGGAUGAUUUCCGAUUUUUACGAAACCCAUGACUAACAUUGUUGUUGUUGUUGUUGCUAUUGCCAGUGUUGUUAACUUUUCAUGGAGUACGAUCCUUAGAUUGGUAAAUUUAUUUCCACUGCAUUAAUUAUUGCUAAAUUUAAUGACCAUUUUCCAAAAACAGUCAUUAAAAAAGAUAAAAAAAAAAUAAGUCCCAACAUUUUUAGAAUCCGUGGAAUUUCUUCUUUUGAGAAAUUGCUGCUCGUUCUUUCGCAUAGAAUUUAUUGUAAGGCACUAUUUGUGAAAAUAUUUCCUUCUUCGAAUAUUUAAUGAAGAAAGGAGCCUUGUUUGGUAAGCACAGUUAUAGGUACUAUAUGCCCAGGGAAGUCGAAAAAUGUCCAACCCAAACAUGUGUGGGUUUUAAUCACAUAGAAUUGUUAUCAAUACAUCCAGUACUCUCAGUUCUCUACAUUUAGCAAAGGUUCCAUUCUAACCUCAUAACCUCUGGUUAACAACCCAACUAUUUAAAGCAACCAUUGAAAAUAACGACUUAAUGGCAGGGAACUUCUGGUUGAUCGCAUAUGCUCGCCUAAUUUUAAUUGUUACCCAAAUUGCACCCACAGUUUAUAUUUAUUGGUGGAAGUUUGUGACAACGUGUUUUUGUACAGAAAACUACCUAGCAGUGCAGGAUUAGUUUGAAGUGUUGUAAAUAAUUCGUACCCUAAUAAUAGGCAGACUUGGGUAGGGAACCGAGGCUGCACCGGACAGUUUUUAUCGCGGUUCAGUUAAAUGUGAGAUUUUUUCAUCAUUUACUGAUAAAUGUUCAAGAACCAGCGUGACGAAGAAAUUAGAACAUUUAACCUAAACCGUGUUUUGAAAAACCGCAGUUAUAAUUUCUUUGUCAAGUUAGUUGUUGAACUUUUGUUAGUUGAAUACACAUUGGAUUCAUGAAUAAUAUAUUAAUUUUAGUGAACCGCGACCGAAAUUUAUCGUCUGUCCUGGGUUCACUACUCAAUCCCGAUAAUAGGUACUAUUAUUGUUUGAUCGUGUUUGAAAAUUACUAUUUGCUGCAAUCAGGACUAUUAUUGGUAUAUUCCAGGAUAAAAAAAAAAAAUAGGUUACAGGUUAUGUAUAUAAGUAUGCAUAGAAAACAUUUUCGAUCAAAGUGUACAUAAGCAAGGUUGCAAAUACUCAUUUCAGCUUAAACAAUGUUCUUCUAAAUUAUGAAAUAAUUAGAUGCCAUGAUCAAAUUUUGAAUUGGUAGGAUACAAGAAGAGGUUGCAAAGAAUGUGUUUGACAUAUUAAACCUGUUUAUUUCACUUCAUGAGAGUCACAAUCAGCGAUUUUUCACAAACUCACUCACUCACUCACUCACUCACUCAGCGAUAAGAAAAUCGCUGAUUGUGACUCAUAGAAAGCAAAAUUUACAGGUUUUAUGUUUCAAACGCAUACUUUGUAACCUCUUCUUGUAAGUUACAAGUUAAACAUGCCAUCAUACCAUCUUUUGGUUUUAUUAUACCGAAAAACAUUAUUUUAGCUGAAAUGAGUAUUUGCAACCUUGUACAUAAGUGAACAUUGAAAAGUGCCUGAAGGAAAACGAUUGUAAUGACUAUUUCGCGUCAUUGAUGUUUAUAUUACUACAUUACAAUAUCAAACUGCACUAUCUUGUUGAGAAUAUAUAUAUGUCGUAAAAAUCGAGUUUAUAGUAUGUGGCGUAAGUAGCAUAAAUGUAGAUCUGUGUAAUCUUACAUAAUUUAAUUUACAUUUUACAACAGUGUGAAAGAGUUAGUAGGUAGGGCAUUAUUGUCCAUAAAAGCAUAACAGUCAUAUCUUUACUUGAUUUCCUAUUCAAAUGGGACUGUUAUGAGUUUAUGGAUAGAUUAGGAAGUGUGUUUUUUAGGUGCGCUUUAUAAUUUAGCUUUGACCGCAGAAAAAGAAAUAGAUUUGCGUAGAUUGUGAAACUUUCGAAAACAAAAGUUGAAAACGUGCAGAUAAUUUAAUAUUAUAUUUAAAACUAGACAAUUUAGUGUAUAUUUUUGAGAGAAAAUAAAGCCUAUUUAAAAAAA